CAUGCAGUAGCUCCACCUCAACGUGAUAGUAACACAAAACGCAAUAAUAAAAAGCAAGUUCCAACCGCGCAUGACAAGAGAAGGAAUAGUCGUUGAAUAUCCGGCUUAUAAUUACCACCAGUUAUCUUAACAAGUCAAGUAAGUAUUUAACUUAAAAUCGGGCUCAGUUAAGUUGAUAUGCCCUUUUUUAGGGUCAUAGGAUGUAUUCUCUUUCGUACGUGCGCUUGAGAUAAUACUCCGAACAAUUCUCUCAUUGGUUAGACCUCGUUAGAUCGCGACUAUGGAUUUAGCGGUGCUGUGUCAAUAUUCGUGGCAUAGUGUCAUUUCGCUAAUGCGAUCUUUAACGCUUGUCGCAUGUUUACUCACAAUGGCAUCCGCUCGCGAACGAGUCUUGGGCAUUACUGAGCUCCACGAGUUAGUCCUCAGAAAUCUCCCGCCUUCAGAUCUCUUGCUAAACGUACCACGGGUAUCAAAGGGAUGGAAAAAUAUCAUCGAUACAUCUCCCAGGAUCCAGCAAAUGCUAUUUCUAAGAGGGGUCCUCCGGUCGAUCCCUACCCACGCGCCUCCAUCUACUGACCGAUAUGUUAAGAAUACAAUCGUAGCACGCGCUUUUACGUUCUUUCGCGAGGCUAACUCCGUCGUCGCGAAUAGGCACUACUACACACAUCCAAACGACCCGGCGGCGAAUGAAGCAGAGAAGAGACCGUUAUUAUUUAGCGCCAAUGAUGAUGAAUUUAGACGACGAUGGUCGACGAAGCGUGCUAGUUGGCGAAAGAUGUUGGUUUCACAGCCUCCAAUCACAAAGAUUCACUGGACAAUUACACGACAGGAUGAACCUCACCUUUCUGGACAACCUGGGACAUUAGCCACCUUCACAUUCGAAGAUGGUUUACGGGUUGGUGACCUUUGGGGCCUGAAGGCUGUUUAG